AUGGAUCAAACACAGCAAGGGGAGCUGAACUGGCGCCUCAGCGCGCACCCGAUCACGCUACUUGUCUUCUUGGGAAUCCGCAUUGGUGCUUUGCUGAUGUACCUCUUUGGUGUGCUGUUCAUUGACAACUUCAUUCUGGUCUUCAUCCUGACCCUCCUCCUCCUCUCUGCCGACUUUUACUACCUCAAGAACAUUGCUGGGCGUCGACUUGUUGGCCUUCGGUGGUGGAACGAAGUAAACAUAAACUCGGGCGACUCGCACUGGGUCUUUGAAUCCUCUGACCCCAAUGUCCGGACGAUCACUGCCACCGACAAGCGAUUCUUCUGGCUGAGUUUGUAUCUCACACCGGCUUUGUGGGUGGGAUUGGCUAUUCUGGCUAUUGUGCGCUUGGUUGGUGUUAUCUGGCUAAGUCUUGUUGGAAUUGCCCUUAUUCUGACCAUUACAAACACGGUGGCUUUCUCCCGGUGCGACAAGUUCAGCCAGGCAUCCACAUUUGCCAACCGGGCUCUUGGUGGUGGGAUUGUGAAUAAUCUUGCAGGUGGCCUGCUGGGCAGGUUCUUCCGGUAG